AUGCUUGAUGAAAUAACACUAUCAUCAACUAUCUACGAUAAUAAUAUAGUUCAUCAUGAUUUAGCCACUAAAAUUGCUGAAGAAACAAUAGAAUCAUUAGCUAAUGAUGGUAAUGAAAACAUUCCACUAUGGGGCAAAACUGAAACUUGACACAAAAUGAUAUUGAUCUUUCAUAUGUGAUUUUUUUCUCUAGAAUAAAGUAUUUUAACAUGACUCUCAAAAAUCAACUGUUGUUUGUUAAAAUCAAACAAGUUUCAUUGAAAUAAACGAUUGUAGAAAAUAUAUCAUUUUGUUUGCAUUACUAAUAGAUUUAUAUGUAAAUAAUUAAUAAUACAUUGUUGACUUAUUUUUAGUAUGAAUUUUCAAUACUUGUCGCAUAUGUUUUCGUAUAUCAUUAGGAAGCGAAGUUUUGUUUAUCUAUCUGUAAUAAAAGAAUAUCAAUUCUUGGUACAAAUAAAUAUUUCAUAUUGAGAACAUUAUUUGGACUAAAUAAGCAUAUAAAACAGAAACUUACGACAAUCGAAGUUAUUCACUUAGUCAAUAGGUGAGUGAAAGUUACUUUUAUGAAACACGUUAUUCAUCUGAAAGAAAAUGAUAUUACGAUCGUCUCAUGUUCAAACUCAGGGUUGCUUAAUUCAAAUUUUAGAAAUCCAGAUUCGAUCAGGAGAUUUUUGCAUACAAUCUGGUGGAAAACAUAAAGAUUUUUUGCAAUUUUUCUUUAAAAAAAGAGAAUAUCAGACAUUUCUCCUUUAGACAAGUGAAAUGGCCACUAUUAGAAACUCUUGUAAUUUGUCUUUAUCAAAUGAUUAACAAGAAUAAUUAUUUCACACAUGAAAUAAAGAAAAAAGAGAUGCGAUCAGGUGUACAGGGUAUAACAAAAUUAUAGCCCCUUUUGUCGUUGAGAUUUUUCAAUGAAGACGAAUAGUUAGAUCAAAUCUAAAUAGUGAUUUCGAUAGCCCUUGAAGUUCUCUAUCAAAAACAGUAUAGAUCAAUAUCCCCAAAAAAACUUUCCUUAGAAAGUUUUACACAAAACCGAAGUGCUCCAAAAUCAAGUGCCUCUGGCACUUGAGAAAAACAUUUCAAAAUAUAGUCAUCCGAAAGAGCAAAAAAUUCUGAGCAAAAUGAGGGG